ACCUAAGUCCACCCUUGAACAUCGAUUAUGACACAGAGUCAAAUGUCGAAAACACAACAGAAAUAUCACCACAGAUGAGAUCAGGUCGUUACGUGGUGGCAAUGGGGCGGGCCAUUGCAAAGAAGUGA